CUACGAUGGGGGCCGAAAUCUGUCGUCGCUCAGAGCCUCAUGGGUCUGACCUCGCCGCGGAGUAUCUCACGCCACCCGUCCAUGCCCCAUCUUCUACACUUCAUCUGAACGCCAGAGUGCGACAUCUGCUCCAGAAAUGCCAUCCAUAGAUCUCUGUGUAAUCAGCGCAAAGCUGCUGCUUUCUGGAACCGUGUGCUACUUCGUCGGGUCUUGGCUUUGGCAGUACAGGGCUGAUCGAUGGAACGAUGAGCAGUUUGCAGCACGGUCGGGUUGCAAGCCGGUUCGCAAAUGGGCAGCGCGCUGGCCGCAAGGCUUAGAUCUGCUUACCGCAGUCUUCCGUCAUGCGAAGGCAGGCACCAUCCUGCAGUUCUUUCUGGAGAUACUUGAGUUGUCAGGAACGACUCACGAGCAGCAACUAUUGGGCAGCCGUGGAGUCAAUACAAUUGAGCCGCAAAACAUCGAGGCGAUACUGUCCAGUCAGUUUGAAGACUUCAGCCUGGGUCUUCGUCCUCUCCAUUUUGCGCCCUUGCUGGGAAGUGGGAUCUUCACCCAGAACGGCGCAGCAUGGAAACACUCUCGUGCGCUAUUGAGGCCUCAGUUCACUUCGAACCGCUCUCAGAAUUUCGAAGAGAUCAAGAAAUGUGUCGAAAGCCUGCUACAGCAAGUGCCGACAGGUGCCGUUGUUGACCUUCAGCCACUCUUCUUUAAGCUGACCUUUGACACAACCACGUUUCUCCUCUUUGGUGAGACAAUGUCAUCAUUGGCGUCGAGUGAGAUCGCCGGCCAGGAGUCAGAAUUCGCAAAGGCUUUCAACAUUGGUCAGGAUUACCUAUCGCAUCGUGGUCGCCUCGGCCUCUUCUACUGGAUAGCCAACACACCUCAAUUCCGAAGAGCAUGCAAAACAUCGCAUGCCUUCGUCGACGCUGCUGUACAAAGAGCUCUAGAUGCAGCUGAGAAGAAUGGUGAGAAACCAGCGGAGUCCAGCAAACAGUAUGUCUUCAUCGAUGCCCUCGUUCGUGAAACUCGAGACAAGAAGGUCUUGCGAGAUCAAUGUCUGAAUGUGCUUUUGGCUGGAAGAGAUACAACGGCAUGCUGUCUGACUUGGACACUGCAUCUUCUUGCACGCCAUCAAAACGUUUUGGAUAAGCUUCGUGCAGAAGUACAGUCGGUUGUUGGCCUCGGUCAAGAUGCUCCACAGCCUACGCGUGAGCAGCUGAAGAAGAUGAAGUACCUCGAUCUAGUCCUCAAGGAAGUCUUGAGACUCUAUCCAUCGGUACCCGUCAAUUCACGUGCCGCUGUCAAAACGACUACGCUGCCUGUAGGUGGCGGAGCAGACGGCCAAUCCCCGAUCCUUAUUAAGAAGGGGGAGGCCGUUGGCUAUUGUGUCUACGCCAUGCAUAGGCGCAAAGACCUCUAUGGAGAAGAUGCUAUGCAGUUCAUUCCAGAGCGUUGGGAAGACGGCAGGCUGGCAAAGGAAAUUGGGUAUGGCUAUUUGCCGUUCAAUGGUGGGCCAAGAGUAUGCUUGGGUCAGGAUUUUGCCCUGUUGGAGGCAGGUUACACUGUCACCAGGAUCAUCCAGCGAUUCCCAUCUAUCAGCGUACCAGAGGGCGAUGAGAUAGUUGAGGUAGGCAAGGAGAAGCAGACUUUGACGCUCGUGGUCGCUCCUGGAGAAGGCUGUAGGGUGCAGUUGCGCUCAGGCUUAUGAGGUCAAACCUUCGAUAUUGUUCAGUACCAUAUGCUUCUCGUCCUAUGAUGAGGUAUAGCUUCAACG